UGUAAAAUCAGCCAAAACUCUCCAUUACUCUUUUUAGAAUUUCAAUCUCUUCCGAGUAAUGGAAGAAGAUGUGAAGGAGGACAAGAAAAAUCAGAGUGCGUCCGCUCAGCCUUCUGCUGAAAAACCCAGCACAUCUAAAAAGGAAGAUGACAAUGCCAGGUUUGAGUGCAACAUAUGUUUGGACACGGCAAAAGAUGCAGUGGUCUCAAUGUGUGGUCAUCUAUUCUGUUGGCCGUGCCUAGUUCAAUGGCUAGAUACGCGUCCAAAUCGGCAACUUUGUCCUGUAUGUAAAGCUGCCAUCAGCAAAGACAAGGUAAUUCCUCUGUAUGGUCGUGGAGGCGAUAAUACUGAUCCCCGCGAAAAGGUGCCCCCUCGUCCUCGUGGUCAACGGACUGAAGCACCACAGCAGGGAUUUCCGGGCUUCCAAUGGGGAGACGGUGGACCUGGAGGUGGCGUGCAAUUUUCUCUUGGAAUAGGAGUUUUUCCUUUAUCUUUCUUCACGACAUGGUUCAAUGCUCCGCAAGACCCUCGGCCGGCUCCACCACAGCAAGGUUCCCGUCAAUAUCAGGAAGAGCAAUUUCUUUCUAACAUGUUUCUGUAUCUUGGCGUCUUCUUCGUUUUAUGGCUUGUCUUUGUAUAAUCAUACCCUCGUCUUUGUGUUCGCACGGGCGUCGCAGUAACUAAUUUCAAAUUCGUAUUGAAAGAUCUAUCAUCUAAAAAUUAACAUUAUAUUUCAUGUAUGUCUGCAUACCCACUGAAGAAAGCUCAUACAUCUUCU